UUUUCGGCACAUCCGCAGUUGAAAAAGUGGCUUACAGCGCUCUCAUCGAUACAAGGCCGGGAUAGCCAAUGAACAGCACUUGGAAAAAAUAACCUGAAGGUCGCGGUAAAGGGUGGAUAUGGGUAAUCAUCUUUAUUAACUCCCUGGCUCGAAUGCAACCAAUGGAACGAAUGAAUUCUGGACUAUUUCUACAUAUGGAAACUGACUCACUGAUGAUCUACUUACGUGCCAAAUGAGUGACAUAUGCUUGAACAUGAGACACUCGGUGUUAUCGCAGCACAUACACAAAUUUCUUACUGCCAGACAACUCAACCACGUUAUAUAUUAUGCGGUGACGAUCUUAAUAGAGCUGCUGCUGCUGUGUGCCAGCCAAGAGGCUAUGAUCUAAACUAUGACUGGACACAAGCUAAUAAUUGCUGCACGCAAGGAUGUACAUAUUUGGCACUUUCAGUGUUCUGCAACCCGCGGGAGACACCUAAUCCUAAUCAACCACGUUUUAUUUUCUGUGGUACCGCUUUUUAUACCGCUCUUGAUUCGCUUUGCGUCAGUUCCUAUGAUAUAACAAGGGCUAGUAACGUCGCUCCACAAUGCUGCUCUCCAGGUUGCACGCUCUCGACACUUAUACCCGUUUGCAACCGGCCACUCAUUCUUUGAUCCAGAGCCUCAAUUCUACAUCUAAACUAGUAAACCAUUCCACUUUGGCGUUGUUCGUCUACAUCUUAUGUUAGAUGAUUGGAUCCAUCUAAGGAUUACACUUGUUGGAUAAGGCAAACCGCCGAAAAUUACAUAUAUAUAUAUCUAGUUAACAUAUAUGGUGGGCUUCUUACUAAAAAAAAGUGUCGGUCGAAAGCUAAUUUUUGGGUACCAUUUCCCUGCAGAGCAAUUCCAUGUCUAAUUAUCUGAAGAAUUUCAGCUAUUUUUAGUAAUUUUACGAAAAUCCUAGAACCCUAUCUUCAAGGUGUUUAAACAAAAAACCCUAAAAUAAGAUUUGAAAAAGUAAAAAAAAAAACAGAAAGAAAUUUAGAGUUGAAAAUUUUUGUCCUUUUUUGCUCAAACUUUCAUCACUUUGCCGACUUUAAUGAUAUUAAGGUCUACUUUCUUUUAAUUAUUCAUAAUACAACCCAGUUUUGAAAAGAUAUUUUUUGAAUAAAUAUGGAAUUGCUCGGCAACAAAAAUUAACCUUGGUAAUACAGAAGUUACUCUGCAAGAAGGUACCAUUUUUCUCUGACUUGGGGUAUGAAAAUCAUCUGUUGUGACUUGUUUUUACAGUAUUUUUUAGCGAAACAAUAAAUUACAGUGUCGUACCCAAAUUCAGAGCGAGAUGGCAACCCAUCUUGAGAUUAAGUGUAACAAUAUUUAUCUUAUAUGUUUAUAUUACAUAUUAAACUGUACGAAAAAUAAAAAUAUUUCAAAUAUAUAAA